UUUUAGAUCUGUUGUUUCGUAGUUUUAUAUUUGUAUCUUUCUUUCUCUCUUUCUUUUUCCAUUGAUAUCUUUCUUGGUUUGGGGUGGCAAAUAUUAGGGAACUAGUUCUGGCACUGAAGAGAUUCAGGUAGGUGUGUGUGUGGGUGAGCACAUGGGGUGUAUUAAGUUAGAACAUGAGAGCAAGAGGUGCAAAGAGCUAAUUUUGACCAUUUGAUAUUACACAUCGACACCAUGGGAAGGGAAGUUACUGGCUUACAGGUUAUGGACAAGAAGCCAAAUGGUUCCAUAGCAGCUUCAAAUGGUAGUUUAAGCGAUAGAAUGCGUGUUUCUCCCAAAAUUGCGGCAAUGGUUCAAGCAAUGGAUCAUGAUAUAAAGGAAUCUACGGAAGCUAAUCAUUUGGAGAAACAUCACGAGAGGAAAGAUGUUUCAAGUGGCAAAAGCACGAAAUUAAAUGUUGUCUUGCCAGAAGAGAAGAAGAGUGAGAAAUCUGAAAUACAGAAGAUGGAUGAUAAUAAAGAUUUGAGUUCUCCUGUUGUGGAUAAAGAGCUUCCAAGCCCGUCUGCUCCACAACCAUCUGAUCAUGUAACUGAAAAGCAUGUCACCCAUGCACCUGCUGCCUAUACUGAAGCUGCUGCAACUGGUCUGAACUUGUCUCCUAAAGCUAACAAUAUUCAUUCCCCUAAUUCCUCUAAGAAUUCACAGCCAAGCUCACCUUUUUCACCAAGGAAGUCCUUGCAUUAUGAUGAUAAGAAGCACCUGGACGAUGAAGACAAUUGGUCUGUUACUUCCUCUAGCGUUGCAUCUGCACGCACUGCCAAAUGUAAGGUAACUGUUGGUUCAGCCCCUAACUUUAGAUGCUCGGACCGUGCAGAGAAACGGAGAGAGUUUUAUAUGAAGCUAGAGGAGAAGCAUCGAGCUCUUGAAGAAGAAAAAAGCCAGUAUGAGGCAAGGAAAAAGGAAGAGGAUGAUGCUGCCAUUAAACAGUUGAGAAAGAACCUGGUCAUUAAGGCAAAACCAGUACCAAGCUUCUACUAUGAGGGGCCACCCCCCAGGACUGAACUCAAGAAGCUCCCACUGACCCGCCCGAAGUCACCAAAACUCUCCCGGAGAAAGAGCUGUGGUGAUGCUGCCAAUGUACAGACUACAAACAUUUGUACUAUAGGACGGCGCAGUGUCGACAUGAACACGAAACAUCAUAGCCCUGCCACUCACAAAACUAAGGACCCUGUCACUGGACGGAAGAGCAAUGGCAAUUUCAAAAGCAAAGAACGACCAAAACUGGAUAAGGAAACAGCUCCUAAAAUCAGAGAGCAGACAAAUGCGGACAUAUCAGUCCAAUCAUGAGCUUCCCAAGAUUUUACUGACCUCCAGCUGAGAGGAAAAUGGCCUUCAUUUUCCUUUGUCACACCAUAUGGAUAAUCUGCAGAAAAGAUGGCCUAAUUUUCUUUUCAUCCGGACUGACAUUUUCAUGUGGUUUGUUUUUACUUGAAGUGUAUAUGUUUUGUAAGUUAUAUCAGCACACAUUGUUUCAUAUAUAAAUAGUUAUUGAUGUAAGAUGAAUGUACGAAAUUUGAUAUUCCUCAGAUUGCACCACCAGACUUGAUAAGGGAAAUUUUAUGAAAUAUAUUACUUUUUUUUUGUAGGAUGUAA